AUGCUAUCUCGACAGACUGUGUUGAGAAUCGCUGGUAUUGAUUUCGAUAUCGUACCUUCGAAUAACCACGCCUCGCCCUCAGGCGCAUUGCCUUUUCUCCUGCCACUGGCGCCGCAAGCUUCGAAACCCCUUACUGGCGAAAAGAUUCACAAAUACGUGCGCGAGCACGCUGUCCAUGAGCUGUCCAACAUCACAUCACCCCGCCUUGAAGCCUACCAAGCUCUCCUGACACAAAAUAUACGACCAGCUUGGCUGUAUGCUCUCUACCUCCUACCCGCCAAUGCCACUCUCCUCAAAAGUCUCUACCUUCCUUCCUCGAUGCUCCUUCGCGCGCCUCUUCAUCAGACACUCCAUGCCGCGGCCACUUCCGAAAUACUCAAGACAACACGACGCGCGACUAUCUCACCGUCACAACUUCUAACUGACGCCACAACUGCCCUGCGAGCACUAUCAUUCCUGCUAGGAGAGGAUAAAUGGUUCUUUGGUGCGCAUGGGCCCGGCUUGUUUGAUGCAGACGUGUUUGCAUACACCUAUCUGAUAGAUGAUAACGCUCUUGCUUGGCAGGACAAGUCAUUGAGCCAGUGCUUGGGAGGACUAGAUAAUUUGAAGAGGCACAAGGAACGGCUAUACAAAAAGUGCUGGGGAGUGGGCACAUUGUGA